AGUCCCACCGCGAAGAUGCUGAAAGUCACGGUGCCCUCGUGCUCCGCCUCGUCCUGCUCUUCGGUCACCGCCAGUGUAGCCCCGGGGGCCGGGAGCCUUGUCCCAGAUUACUGGAUCGACGGCUCCAACAGGGAUGCUUUGAGCGAUUUCUUCGAGGUGGAGUCAGAGCUGGGACGGGGUGCUACAUCCAUUGUAUACAGAUGCAAACAGAAGGGGACCCAGAAGCCUUAUGCUCUCAAAGUGUUAAAGAAAACAGUGGACAAAAAAAUCGUAAGAACUGAGAUAGGAGUUCUUCUUCGCCUCUCACAUCCAAACAUUAUAAAACUUAAAGAGAUAUUUGAAACCCCUAUAGAAAUCAGUCUGGUCCUAGAACUCGUCACAGGAGGAGAGCUGUUUGACAGGAUUGUGGAAAAGGGAUAUUAUAGUGAACGAGAUGCUGCAGACGCUGUCAAACAAAUCCUGGAGGCAGUUGCUUACCUACAUGAAAAUGGGAUUGUCCAUCGUGAUCUCAAACCAGAGAAUCUUCUCUAUGCAACUCCAGCCCCAGAUGCACCACUCAAAAUUGCUGAUUUUGGACUCUCUAAAAUCGUGGAACAUCAAGUGCUCAUGAAGACAGUAUGUGGAACCCCAGGGUACUGCGCACCUGAAAUUCUUAGAGGCUGUGCCUAUGGACCUGAGGUGGACAUGUGGUCUGUAGGAAUAAUCACCUACAUCUUACUUUGUGGAUUUGAACCAUUCUAUGAUGAAAGAGGCGAUCAGUUCAUGUUUAGGAGAAUUCUGAACUGUGAAUAUUACUUUAUCUCCCCCUGGUGGGAUGAAGUAUCUUUAAAUGCCAAGGAUUUGGUCAGAAAAUUAAUUGUGUUGGAUCCUAAGAAAAGGCUGACUACCUUCCAAGCUCUCCAGCACCCGUGGGUCACAGGUAAAGCAGCCAAUUUUGUACACAUGGAUACAGCUCAAAAGAAGCUCCAAGAAUUCAAUGCCCGGCGCAAGCUCAAGGCAGCAGUGAAGGCCGUGGUGGCCUCUUCCCGGUUGGGAAGCGCCAGCAGCAGCCAUGGCAGCAUCCAGGAGAGCCAGAAGGCCAGCCGAGAGCCAUCUCCAACACAAGAUGGCAAUGAAGAUGUUAAAGCUAUUCCGGAAGGAGUGAAAAUUCAAGGAGAUGGGGCCCAAGUGGCAGUUGAGGGGGUAGAGGCUGAGCUGAUGAAGGUGCAGGCCAUAGAGAAAGUUAAAGAUGCUGAAAUAAAUGCUGCUGAGGCCACUAAGAUGGUGCCCGAGGCAUUAGAGGACGGGAUAAAGGAGGCUGACCCAGAAAUAGAGGAGGGUCUAGUGGAGGAAAAGCUGAAGACUAUUGAGGAAGCAGCAGCCCCCAAAGAAGGUCAAGAAAACCCUGCUCCAGAAUUUGGAGCUCAGCAGAAUGAUGUGAUCCUGCCAGAGUACUAAAUGGCUUCCUUCCAUCUGGGAGCCAAAUCCUGGCACUUUAUGCAUUUUGUCCUUCAGCAAGGAAGGUGUGGAAGCAUGAUAUGCACUAUAGUGAUUCUGUUUUUAAGGUGCAAAAAAAUACAUAUAUAUCAGUUGGUAAUCCUAACUUCAAUGCAUGUGACUGCUUUAUGAAAAAAUAGUGUCUUCUAUGGUAUGUAAUGGAUACCAAAUACCUACUGAUGAAUUAAAUUUGAAAUUGCAAGUAAACACAACAUAACAUUUAAAAACAUACAUUUUCAGGGACCAGUAGCACACAUUUGAAGUAAAUAGUAACAAAUUGUUUUUGCUUUGAAAACCUAGCCAGCCUACACCCUUUGGAUUUCUUUACAAGGACUGUUGCUCAGCUAAUACUAGGUAGAGCUAUAAGAUGUAUUCCCAUGACAUUCACAGUCUUUUCAGUAAUGUGUUCAAACUGUUUACAAGAAGAUGGUUAGGUUAUAGUUGUAUGGUAUGUGCAAAAAA